AUACAGCAAGGUGCUCAGCUUCUAGAAAAAAAUAAAGCAUGAUACGCAGCUUCUAGAAAAAUAGAGCAUGAUAUGCAGCUUCUAGAAAAAUACAACAUGAAAUGCAGCUUCUAGAAAAAUACAACAUGAUACGCAGCUUCUAGAAAAUACAGCAGCUAGCACAUUUUUCAGACCGGGUUGACUUUUGAAUAUCGCCAGGCAUUUGACCUCAUUGAUGUUCUAGGAUUUGAAAUUCUUUCCAUUAUGUUUUAUAUUUUUUCUUUUUAGAAAACGUAUAGACUUAAGAAGGUGGGGGAAAAGGAAAACAGGAUCAUGAAGGAGAAGAUGAGAGAAGAGGGGAGAGAGGAGGAGGAAGAGGAGGAGAAGGAUGAGGAAAAUGGGUUUUGCAGAUUUAGUCGAACUGAAGUUCGGUUUCUAGGAUUAACAAACAUCAAGAGAAUAAAUAGAACAUGCUCAACAUUAUCCCUUUCCAGACCCUCCUCCUCCUCCUCCUGUUCGGAAUCCUCGGAUAGAACCUUGUUCUGCUCCUCAAUAGAUCUAGUUCCUUGGAAAUCUAAGUCUCCUGAGAUGUUAACGCUGACACAACCUUUACCCAACCGUUGUCUGUUCUCCCCGCUCUCAGUGACCGACAGCUACUGGAGAGGUUCAAUGUGUACAGAGUCAUCGUUAAAGUCGCCAGGUUCUGUUACUGAGUGUUCCCUUCUCCCCCAGCUGUCUAUGGUGACCCAGUAUUCUACAGACUGUUGUACAGGACCUGGUUCUACAGCCACAUGUUCAAUGAUGACCCAAGGUUCUAUAACUGAUUUCUCUCUGGGUUCCUCCUGCAAUAUUACAGGGGAAGAAUCAGAUCAAAAAUAUACUUCCUCUCGACACUGGACUCCAGGCGAACACUCUAGAACCUCUCUACCCUCCUCCCCUUCCAGAGGUUCUCCACCUCCCUCUCCUACAAGAUCAGAGGACUCAUUUUCAACUUUUUCAAAGGAGCACUGUAGCAGUUGUGAAACCUUGAUGAAGAAAGGAAGUGUAAGGAAGGUUCUAGAUAAUCAGAAGCAUACCUUGAGUAAGGCUGGUAAACUGAACAGAUCGUAUCUUGAACUGGAAGACGACAAAUCUGUUGAAGAACUGGAUCUUCUGUACGCUGAACACGAUGUUCACCAUGACCUGGAAGCUGGAGAACAGCAGGAAUCUGAAGAAUCGUCGGCUGAAUGGCCGAUAAGAUCCCUGUGCCCCGACUAUUCAAGAAUUGUUUUUGAACAAUUAAUCAGAAUAUUCUGCCUUUCCCUUCUCGGCUGAAGUGAGUGGUAAAAAAGGAAUAGCUUAAAGUAAUUCCGCAAUUGUUUAAAGAUGUCCCAAACCCUAAAAUUAGGAGACUAUGAUUUAUAUGUACGGCAGGACCAUCUCAAAAAUAUAACUUCCUGGUUAUAAAAAAAAAUUUGCGGAUUAUCUUUGAAACCAAAUUUUUAAGAUUUAAAUCCUUUUUCUGAAAAAUCUGACAGACAAUCCUAAAUUAAAUUUAUAUUUAAUUUUGGUUUGGCUGUAAUCUCUCUUUAGGAAAAAAAGUUAUAAGUACAAGAUUUAAAUCUUAAAAGUUCUAAUAUUAGUUUUGAAUA